GCAUAUUCCAUCAAAUUAUAGCAAGUAAGUAUUUCUGAAACAAAAUGAUGAACAACAUCGCCCCUGUCUCUUCUCCAAGAUUAGAAAUGCAAGACAACAAAAUUGGCGCAACGACGACAACAGGAGGAGGAGGAGGGGGGAAGAACACGAGCAUCCACGUGACGGCCCUGGACGGGAUCGUGAGCGUGAACUCGCUCUUCACGAUGGCGCUGUUCAUCGGGUUCUCCAUGACCGUCCCAGAGAACGCGACGGCGGUGGGCAGCGCGGCGUGCAUCACGAGCAGGGAGACGGUGAGGAGGCUGAUCGUGUUCGAAGUGGCGUCGUUCAGCUUCUUCCUGUUCUCGUCGCUCGUGGCGCAGAGCCUGAAGCUGCAGAUCAACCUGCGAAACAGCAUGGACCCCACCGACCCGCACCGGGCCAGCAUCAACGUGGACCACCUCAAGUACUGCCUCUCCGCCUCCGCGGUCGGGUCGGUCCUCGGGUGCACCUUCCUGACGCUGUCGAUCGUGGACUUCAUAAGGGUGAAGCUGGGGUCGCUGUCGUGCGGAGGGAGGCCGGUGCAGGCGGUGGUGGUGCUGGUGGUGUUUGUGGGGUCGGGGCUGCUGAUUUAUGUCGUCACUGCUGCACGUGCUCUCUUUUUUGUGCAGACUCAACCACCUGCGCCUCGCAACUAAAUUCGUAUUCAUGAUGACACUAUACUUUAUAAUCUAAUUAUUCUGUUUUAUUCUUAUAAAUUUUAAAUUAGAGGAGGAGACCAAUAUCUUCGACAAUCUCCAAAUAUAGGUAGAGGAUUGAUUUUGAGUUUUAAUUUCAUGUUUCUCUUUUGUGCCUUGUGAUUAUUAUUUGUUUUGGAAAUAAUGGGCAGUAGCCAUUUGUGAAA